AUGCCGCACGCAGAGAGCGUCCACGCUUGGCCUUCGCACCUGCGUCCUCUCGGGAUGCUGCAGGACUGCCCCAAGGCCCGCAGGGAAGUGGAGCUGCACUGGAGGGCAUCGCAGUGUGCGCACAUCGUCCGCAUCAUGGACGUCUACGAGAACCUCUACCAGGGAAGAAAGUGUCUGCUUAUCGUCAUGGAGUGCUUGGAUGGUGGGGAACUCUUCAGCCGGAUUCAAGACAGAGGAGACCAGGCCUUCACAGAACGGGAGGCAUCAGAGAUAAUGAAGAGCAUCGGGGAAGCCAUCCAGUACUUGCACUCGAUCAACAUUGCGCACCGGGACGUGAAGCCGGAAAACCUCUUGUACACCUCCAAAAGGCCCAACGCUGUGCUGAAACUCACGGACUUUGGCUUUGCUAAAGAAACCACCACGCACAACUCCUUGGCCACUCCAUGCUACACACCAUACUACGUGGCCCCGGAGGUGCUGGGCCCGGAGAAGUACGACAAGUCCUGUGAUAUGUGGUCGCUCGGCGUCAUCAUGUACAUUCUGCUGUGCGGCUACCCCCCCUUCUACUCCAACCAUGGCCUGGCCAUCUCACCCGGCAUGAAGAAGCGAAUCCGAAUGGGCCAGUACGAGUUUCCCAACCCCGAAUGGUCCGAAGUGUCGGAGGAAGUUAAGCAACUGAUCCGCAACCUGCUGAAGACGGACCCGACUCAGCGCAUGACAAUAACGGAGUUCAUGAACCACCCCUGGAUCAUGCAAUCCAUGCAGGUGCCACAGACCCCGCUACACACCAGCCGCGUGCUGAAAGAGGAGAAGGAUUUGUGGGAGGACGUGAAGGAGGAGAUGACGAGCGCACUGGCCACCAUGCGAGUGGACUACGAACAAAUCAAGAUCAAGAAAAUCGAGGACUCCUCAAACCCUUUGCUGAUGAAGAGGAGGAAGAAAGCAAACCCCACUGAGCCUGCCGCGCUCCCCCAUUGAGGGUGCCCUGCGCCCGCUGGCCCUUGAGAAAGCAAUAACUAUAUAUAUAUUUUUUAAGGAAAAAAAAAAGACAAAAAGAGACGGACUGUUAUAUCAAGCGCAUGGAAUUCAGACAUUUAUACCAGACUAGUUAUUUUUAGUUACUCACCUGUGUUUCUGACCUUUCUGGAGAAGGUGUCCCCCCCCAAUCCGCUGUGGCCAGGGGUUUUGUCCUGUAGGUGAACACUGCCGAUAAUUGGAUUUUAUUUUCUUCUGUGAAACAGUUUUG